AUGCAGCCACGAUAUACUGCCACGAUAUACUGCUACGAUAUCCUGUCACGAUAUCCUGCCACGGUAUACAGCCACCGUAUGCUAUGCAGCCAGAGUACACAGGCACGGCUUGCAGACACCAACCUUCGGAUAUUUUGGAGUGGGAAAGGUCAGGGAGGAGAGGGAAGGCAGCGGCUGGGGGGAGUUGACUGGGAGGGAAAGGUGACCGAUAUAAAAGCUGACACAUUACAAUUCAUCAACAAGUUGGUAAGCGGCUUCGCCUCAGCUAACAUCGUCAUGAAAACUGCACUAAUUGCCGUGUUGGCAGCCAACCUGGCGAUCGCCAGUUGGGCUGCUCCGAAGGCCAGCGGUGGUGGAGGAUCUGUGGGCGGAGGCUAUGGCUCUGGUGGAGGAGGAGGAGGAGGCUCCUUCGGCGUGGGAGGAGGGCUUGGCUUGGGUGGAGGCGUAGGAGGAUUCUUCGGUGGAGGAGGAGGAGCAGGGGGAUAUGGUUCUGGAGGAAGAGGAGGAGGAUCUGGCUCUGGAGGGGCCACUGCGACCAUCAACUUCAAUCUUGGAGCACCAAAAGGCUCCUCUGACGGAGGCCUCGGGGGUGGAUCUGGAGGUGGAUACAGUGGUGGAUCCAGUGGAAGCAUCGGAGGUGGACACGGAGGCGGUUCCAGUGGAGGAUUUGGCGGAGGCUUGGGAGGCGGUUCCUCAGGUGGAUACGGUGGUGGUUCCAGUGGAAGCUUCGGAGGUGGUUCCAGUGGUGGAUUUGGCGGAGGCUUCGGAGGCGGUUCCUCAGGUGGAUACAGUGGUGGUUCCAGUGGAAGCUUCGGAGGCGGUUCCAGUGGAGGAUUUGGCGGAGGCUUAGGAGGCGGUUCCUCAGGUGGAUACGGUGGUGGUUCCAGUGGAAGCUUCGGAGGCGGUUCCAGUGGUGGAUUUGGUGGAGGCUUCGGAGGCGGUUCCUCAGGUGAAUACAGUGGUGGUUCCAGUGGAAGCUUCAGAGGCGGUUCCAAUGGUGGAUUUGGUGGAGGCUUCGGAGGUGGUUCCUCAGGUGGAUACAGUGGUGGUUCCAGUGGAGCUUUCGGAGGUGGUUCCAGUGGAAGCUUCGGAGGCGGUUCCAGUGGAGGAUUUGGCGGAGGCUUCGGAGGCGGUUCCUCAGGUGGAUACAGUGGUGGUUCCAGUGGAAGCUUCGGAGGUAGUUCCAGUGGAAGCUUCGGAGGCGGUUCCUCAGGUGGAUACAGUGGUGGUUCCAGUGGAAGCUUCGGAGGUAGACAUGGAGGCGUUUCUGGCGGAGGCUUCAGGGCUACCUCUGUGGGAGGAGGAUACGGUAAAUGAAGACGUAUUCCCUUUCAAGACGAAAACAUAGUUUAAACUGUCUAUAUUUAUGAAUAAAACAAUACAAGCUACUAA